AUGGACGAUAUUGAAUUGAUCACGAAGUUUUCGGAAAAACUUGGGAAAUUGCUCGAUGAUGACGUGGAUGAUUAUAAUGUGAAAUUAAUUAUAGGACAAGAACCUAAUAAAAGAUUGUUUAAAGCGCAUUUAUACAUUUUACGUGUCAUAUGUCCUUAUUUUCAUACCGCUUUUAAAAGAGGUUGGUGUAAAAAAGAUGAUGAUGGGUCAUUCUUUAUUGAGAAACCGAAUAUUAAACCUGAGGUUUUUGAGGUCAUCUUAAAAUAUCUUUAUACCGGGACCCUUUCAUUCGAUAAAAAAUCACCGGAUUUUCUGAUAGAAAUUCUUGUGGCAUCGGAUGAAUUCAUUCUUCACGAGUUAUGUUCCCACAUUGAAACGGGUCUAAUUAAAUUUCAUUCAAUGUAUUUAUCACAAAAUUUUUCACAUAUUCUUCAUAUAUCAUUUAAACAUACCUUAUGGAACCAACUUCAAGAGUUCUGUUUAACGAAAAUCGAUAAAGACCCUCAAUCAAUAUUUGAAUCAACCGAUUUUACCCGAUUAUUAUUGAAUCCCCUUAAAGACAUGAUUAAGCGAGAUGAUUUGUUCCUGGAAGAAAUUGAUAUUUGGAGGGUUGUAAUUAUAUGGUGUAUAAAUCAACCUAAUCUGAAUGGAGGUCAAAAAUCCCAAUUUAAUAAAGAUGACAUAAAUAGAUGGUCAAGGAAGACCAAAUCCAAUUUUUCGAAAAUGCUUAAAGAAUUUACACCUUUUAUUAGAUUUCAUCAUAUUACUUAUAAAGAGUUUCAUGAAAAUGUCAAACCAUUUAAAGAAUUCAUUCAACAGGAUAUUUAUGAGCAAACGUUAUGGUAUUAUAUUAAUCCGACCCUUUCACGGAAGCAACUUGCUCCUAUUAGAACCGGACUGUUUGAUUCUGCUUUAUUAAAGUUAAAACAUUUUUCACUAAUUUGUAAUUGGAUUAAUAAAUCAUCGGAACUUUAUAGUUAUUCAACUUUAAGAUUUGAAUUAAAAAUUAGAGGCACGUUAGAUGGUUUUACCGCCGAUAUAUUUCAUAAUAAAUUCGAACGUUUAGAAAAUACCAUCGUCGUCAUGAGAGUUAAAGAUACUGGUGAAUUGAUUGGUGGAUAUAAUCCUUGGAGUUUUGAACAUGAUAGGUGGAGGGACUCGAGUGAUUUUUGGAGAUAUGAACAAUCUUCUUUUAUAUUUUCUUUCCCACGUGAAUCGAUUUCUUUGACAAAUAAGAAUAACCUCUCUUGGAUGAAACAUAAUAAAAUAAAUUUUAAGAUGGAAUUAAAAAAUUUAGAAUCCAAAUCGAAAUUGAGUAGAAUUGAUCCGAAUCAUACUUCUAAAGCUUUUUGUAUCUCUCAAGAUACCGGUCCUCAAUUUGGUAAAACGGAUUUAUUUAUGGGUAAAAAUUUUAAUUCACCUUUGAAUUGUUCAUGUAUUCAACAGUAUUACAUGGAUAAAAUUAGAGAUGAUGAAAGUGGUUUUUGUGUUGACGAAUAUGAAAUAUUUCAAAUCUUCAAAAAGUGA